AUGUCCGCGACGCUGGCGGAUCCGUAUAGAGACUAUGCCAUUGACUACGCUCAACAUGCCCACUGCAAACCGGAGGAGCAGGAAAGCCCCCUCGUCUACCAGACGCACCCGCCACAUCUUCAACAUCCCAAGCAGGCAGAGUCUCCCUUCCAGCAGAGGAGCUCGCACAACUCGGCAUUUGAGCAACAUCAUGCAAAUGCGACCGUCCUUCCCGCCGUCAGUCACCAGCCCUCCGUGCAUGAUAUCCCGCAGAACGUCGUCCUCACGCCGACGCAAAUGCUGCCUCCGCGGCAGUUGCCCGUCCACUACACGACCCCUUCGUCUAAUUUUGAACUGUCUUCCGUCCAGCAACAGCAGCACCAGCAGCAUCAACACCAGCGAGGCAAAAAGCGACUUCAUUCCGAAACGGAGGAUGGCAGUGGCGGUAGCGGAGGGGACGGAGAAGCCGAGCAUCAUGCGAUCAGACCACAGAUGUCCGUUCUCGCCCCCGAUUCCACCCCGGUCGACAAUCCACAUUCGCCGGAGAUGCUGUUUUCCGUACACGGCGCCGAAUCCGCCCACCAUCAUCACCAACGCCAGAUGGCCGCAGCUGCGGCGGCGGCGGCGGUUAGCGGACACGACUUCGUCGGACCCCCGGACUCGGUGGCCUUGCCACAACAACACCAUCACCACCGACUGCCGCCGCAUGCCUCGCUGCGCGACCCGCAGCGUCACGGAAUGAACGUGGAGUCGUCGCCAAUGCCGACGGGGCCGCCCAGCGUGGUGGGACAACCCGGCAUGCCCGACCCGGCUCCGCGGCCGCGCGGGCCGAAGUUGAAAUUCACACCCGAGGAAGAUGCCCUGCUGGUGGAGCUGAAGGAGAACAAGAACCUGACGUGGAAGCAAAUCGCGGAUUUCUUUCCCGGUCGAACGAGCGGCACGUUGCAGGUUCAACGACUCCAUCGGGCCAUGCACGAAUAUGAGAACGACCGAUGGCGCAUCAUCGCGGGAAAAGUGGGCAACGGGUUCACGCCGGCAGCGUGUCGAGAAAAGGCGACUCAAAUCGACUAA